AUGUAUAGUAAGAAGUUACUGUUUCAUCCAAGGACUUAUUCGAAGUACUUCCAACUGCGGAGUACUUUUACGGUGAUGCCUAUUGUAUCACAUUUAAGUAUAAGGACGAUAAAAACCUCCUCCAAAAAUAAACCAUCUCUAAUUCCUGGCUCUAAACACGGUCAACUUAAACCAUUCCCAUUUCCAAUACCGCCCGCUAUUUCGGUGAAGCAUUUGUCUGACAUGUUAAAAAUAAAACGAAAUGAAUUAACCAAAGUAUUGAAAAACAUGGGUUGUCUCAAUGUUUCAAGUGACUAUAUGAUUUUACGUGAUACUCUUAUACCCUUAUUGGAAAAAUAUAAUUAUCAAAUACCCGCCAUCAAAAGAAGUUAUUAUACGUCUGAUGACAUUUAUGAUUUUUUGAAGACGCCUAUAGACCCUGAAGAUCUAGAACAUAGGCCUCCAGUUGUGACUAUCAUGGGACAUGUUGAUCAUGGGAAGACUACAAUUCUGGAUUAUUUACGUAAAUCAACGAUUGCUGCUCAAGAAAGCGGUGGUAUAACACAGAAAAUAGGUGCAUUUCAAGUUAUUGCACCAAUUUCAAGACGGAAAAUAACCUUUCUAGAUACGCCAGGCCAUGCUGCAUUCCUUAAGAUGAGAGCAAGGGGCGCUAAUAUAACCGAUAUCAUUGUUUUGGUUGUGUCUUCGGAGGACUCUAUUAUGCCCCAAACGAUUGAAGCCAUCAAGCAUACGAAAGCCUCGGGAAAUGAACUAAUUGUAGCUAUUACGAAGAUAGAUAAAUUUCAUUCGGAGAAAGAUAAAAAAGCUGCCAUAGAAAGGGUGGAACGUGAUUUAAUGAAUCACAAUAUUGAAGUUGAAUCUGCAGGUGGUAAUGUUCAGGUUGUUCCCGUGAGUGCAGUUACAGGUGAAAAUAUGGAUUUAUUAGAGGAAAGUAUUAUAGCAUUGAGUGAUACAAUGGCAUUGAAUGCAGCUGUUAGUCCGAUAACCAAGGCUGAGGCCUGGGUUUUAGAAAGUGAAAUUACUAAAGGAUCUGGAGCCCUAUGCAGAGUGCUGGUCAAAAAUGGGGAAUUGAGGACAGGCAGUUAUGUAAUAUGUGGCAACUUAUGCUGCAGGAUUAGAAUGAUGCGUGAUGAAAACGGCAAGCAGAUUAAAACUGCAGGACCAUCUGCGAUUGCGGAGAUUUCAGGAUGGAAAGACUUACCUGAUGUUGGUUCAGAAGUAAUUGAAGUAGAGAAUAUCAAAGUCGCAAAGGAGUGGAUUGGCAAAAGAGAAGCUCUAUUGAAUCUUGAAAGAAAUGUUAAGAUAGCAGAAAAAUUGAACAGGAUAGAAUCAGAAAAACUGGGGAUAAAUGAAGAAAAGGAGGAUAAAGAUGAGCAAGACGGACCCAAAAAAGUUAAUUUUAUUGUCAAAGCAGAUUUAUCUGGUUCUGCGGAAGCUAUUGUUGAAAGUAUAGCUCACCUGGGUAACAAUGAAGUUGUUUGCCAUGUAGUUGAAUCUUCUGUUGGUAUUCCAAGCGAAAAUGAUAUUGAGCUUGCAAAGGUUUCAAAUGCUAUAAUCCUUUGCUUUAAUCUCGGUUCCAUACCGAAUACCGUAUUAAAAAAUAAAGGAAAUAUUGAAAUCAGGGAGUACAAUGUCAUAUACAAUUUGAUUGAAGAUGUCACUAAAAUUCUUGUCGACAACUUAGAACCAAUAUACGAAGAGAAGAUUAUAGGUAUGGCUACGAUUAAAGAGUUGUUCAAGAUGAAGCUGAAAAAUAAAUUUUUGAAUAUUGCAGGCUGUCAAGUCUUAAGUGGUAAACUGGCUAGAAAUUCAUUGAUAAAAGUCCUUCACGGCCCCUCAGAAGAAGUUAUAUAUAAUGACAAGGUUAUGUCUUUGAGGCAAAACAAGAUCAAUCCUUCAGAGGUUAUAAGAGGUAGCCAAUGUGGAAUAACCUUAAGAAACAAUUUUGAUGGAUAUAGUGUUGGAGAUAAAAUUGUGAUAUAUGAAAAGGUUCCUAUACAACGACAUUUAUAA